UAUUAACUCCUUACAUUAACAUUAGAGAAAGUCUUCUCCCUUUUCAAGUGUGGCCACUCUCUCUUUCUCCGAUUCAUUGCCGCUCCACCAGCAAUGGCCACGCACGUGAGUCACGUGAUAGUAGCGGCAGCAUUUCUUCUACUUCUUCUCCCUUUCUCUUUCUCCUUCUCCAUCUCCCAUUCUCACCGAUCCGCUGCAAUCAACCUCUUCGCUGCCACUCCCACAAGCUUAGAAGACGCGUACGAGGCGCUUAGAGUUUUUCAGAUUCUCGGAAUCGAAGAGAAGAAUACUCCUGUGAACGAGGACACGUGUCAGAAAGUAGUUGAAAGUCUAGCCUCGUCUUCUCCUCUCAAGGAUUUGUUCUAUGCCUUGAAAGUUAACGCCAUUUUAAAAUGCAAUGUCAAUGGGAACGUUUUUAAGGAUAUUGCUUCAAGACUUAAAGCCACUGUUCAUGAUGCGAGUGCUUUGCUUGACAUCUACUAUUCAAUUGGAGGUUUGGUUGUUAUAAAGGAUCAGGAUUCUAAUGUUGAUGUGCUUCUUGCUGAUGUUGAUGGGGUUUUCCAAUCAAUCAAGGUUCUCAGUCAAAGUGACGGAAGAUGGCGCUAUAGUUCUGAUAAUCCAGAGUCUAGUACCUAUGCUGCUGGAUUAGCUCUUGAAUCCCUUGCUGGAUUGAUCUCACUAGCUUCUUCUGAAUUUGAUCAAUCUAAGGUCAACGUAGUGAAAAAUGGCAUAGUAAAGCUUUUUGAUGGCAUUGAGAAAUAUGAGGAUGGAACCUUUUAUUUUGAUGAGAAAUAUGUUGGUGGACAUGAGCAACGGGGUUCUCUUUCCACAACUUCUUCAGUUGUUAGAGGGGUUACUGCAUUUGCUGCUGUAACUUCUGGAAAAAUAAAUCUUCCAGGGGAUAAAAUAUUGGGUCUGGCAAAAUUUUUCUUGGGCAUUGGAAUCCCUGGAGAUGCCAAGGACUUCUUCAAUCAAGUUGAGUCAUUAGCUUUUCUAGAGAGCAACAGGAUUUCCAUUCCAUUGAUAUUGUCACUCCCAGAAACAGUUUAUUCAUUGACCAAGAAAGGCCAGCUUAAGGUCAAGGUGAAUACAGUGCUUGGUUCAGCUGCACCACCGUUAACAGUGAAGCUUGUCCGUGCUUUUAGCACAGGUGCAAAAGAUUCAGCUAUUAUUGACAGCAAGGAGCUCCGGUAUGACCAAGAAAGUGGAUUUCAUGUCUUGGAUGCUUUGCCGAAGAAUGUGGAUGUGGGGACAUAUGUGUUUGUUUUUGAGAUUGUGCUUCAUGAUUUUGGCAGUGAAAAAGUUUAUGCAACUGGAGGCCAAAUUCAUGUACCAAUAUAUGUCACUGGAAUUAUUGAAGUUGGUAAUGCAGAAAUCACAGUUCUUGACAGUGAUCUUGGAAGUGCUGAAACCCAGAAAAAGCUAGAUUUGGCUGGAAAUGAUGCCGUUUCACUCUCAGCUAACCACCUGCAGAAGUUGAGGUUUUCUUUCCAAUUGACAACUCCUCAUGGUCAUGUUUUUAAGCCUCAUCAGGCGUUUUUCAAGUUGAGACAUGAGACAAAGGUUGAACACAUCUUUGUGGUUGGAAAUACCGGCAAGAAGUUUGAGAAAGUUCUCGAUUUUCUUGGCUUGGUGGAGAAACUUUUCUAUCUCUCGGGAAAAUAUGAAAUUGAGCUGACUGUUGGUGAUGCUGUCAUGGAGAACUCUUUCUUACGGCUACUUGGCCAUGUUGAAUUAGAUCUUCCAGAAGCACCUGAGAAAGCACCCCGUCCUCCACCACCACCUGUUGAUCCUUACUCAAGAUAUGGGCCCAAAGCAGAGAUUACCCAUAUAUUCAGGUCUCCUGAAAAGAGACCUCACCAGGAACUCUCUCUUGCUUUCUUGGGUUUGAUCCUUUUGCCAUUCAUUGGCUUUUUGGUUGGGUUAUUGCGCUUGGGGGUGAACCUAAAGAAUUUCCCUGGUUCAACAGUACCUGCCACAUUUGGGAUCCUUUUCCAUGUUGGUAUUGCGGCGGUUUUGUUACUUUAUGUACUUUUCUGGUUGAAGCUGGACCUGUUCACUACACUCAAAGCAUUUGGUCUUUUGGGAGCUAUACUGAUGUUUGUGGGGCACAGAAUUCUUUCUCAUCUCGCUUUUACAUCUGCCAAGUUGAAAUCUGCAUGAGUGAAACAACAAAUAAUUUCUAUUUAUAAAGACAAUGAAAAUUUGAGUUUUUUUUUCUCUUUCAAGGAAUGGUACUAAUUCAAUUUUGUAGGACCGUUGUUAAAUUAUCUAAUGACAAAUUUAGAGAGCUCAAUUGUAUCCUAUAGAGAAGAGAACUCAAUUACAUUGCAAGGGAAUGUUUGGUAAGAGAGAAAUUCUUGGUUUUUCGAGAAUCAUAGGUCUGGAGACUUAGUUUCUCAUAUUUGGUAUCAAUUUUAAGAAAAUAAUAUUAUUGGGAAAA